CAGCAGCCCUAGCUGUCAACCCACUGGAAGUUUCACCUCUGGCAUUUCCUGUCUUGUCUUUCCCGCAAGAGGUCACACCGCGUGCGCUGCCUGGAAAUAUUUUGGCGAAGUUGUGCAAAUCUGUGCUCCCAAAUCUCUUCUCGCAAAUCCCUCGUUUGCCGUUUAUUUCUCAAGAUGGGUAAGAAGCAGAAAAUGAAGAAGGCUGCCCAGAUGGCUGCCGCUGCCGAGAAAUUGAAAUUGAUCGACAACGUGGUGGCCACCAAAGAAAAGCCUGCCGAAGAAGCCUCUCCCUCACCAGGUUGCAGUGGAAAGAAAGGGAAGCCCAAGGAAACGAAAAAACCAGACGUCGCGAAGGCACUUCAGAAGGAGACCACUGGUUCGGAAGACGCCUUGGAUGCCAAGAGUAACCCUCCUCCAGGAUUCAGUGGCGCAAAGGGUAAGCCCCACAUCAUGGGUGAAAUGGACCCGGCCCACCGCAACAAGAUCAAGAAGCUGUUGAGCCUGGCCAAACAGCUGCAGCCCAAUGUGUUCAGUGAGCCAAACUCGCAGAAGGAGGGGGGCGCCUCCACCGAGGAUUCCAGCGAAGUUGAGGAUGAUCAGAGCACGGACUCCGAUGACGCCCCCGAUCUUGUGGAAGCGGAUCCCAAGGAGGCCCAAACCGACGAGCAGGGCCAAAUCAGUACGGUGGCCGUGCAACCACGCGAGGUAUCAAAGCAGUCUCGCGGCGAGAGGAAGGCGCGCAAGAUCCUCAUGAAGCUGGACCUGAAGCCCAUGGAGAACGUGGCCCGAGUGACCAUGAAGAAGAGCAAGAACAUCCUGUUGUACAUCGAUAAGCCGGACGUCUACAGAGUGGCGCACUCGUCGACGUACAUCUUCUUUGGGGAGGUCUGCGUGGAGGACAUCAGCAGCACCUCCGUCGCCUCCCAGGCAGCUGUCAAGGCGGCCGAGCGAUUCCGUGGAACCUCGCCUUCCGGCCGGCAAGGUAGGGAGGUUGGAAAAGCCCCUGGCGAGGAGUCCCCACUCGACGACGACGAGGACGAUGGCGAGAACGCGGACGACAUGGGCCUAUAUGAGAAGGACAUCGAACUGGUCCAGAUGCAGGCCACGUGCUCGCGCAAAAAGGCCAUCCAGGCGCUGCUGAAGAACGACAACGAUGUGGUCAAUGCCAUCAUGGCCCUGACUGUGGAUUAAGCCGCUCUGGUAGCUCCCUUGUAUUCAAAGUCAUGAAAUAAAGAGAAUUUCAAUAACAUCCAUGUUCGCCAUAGCUUAGUCUGCACACCAGAA